AUGACUGAUAGAACGUUCAAGCAGAAUUCGCCAUCAAUUACACUUCCUAGCGAGUCUCUUUUAGCUAAGGACCCGCUGGAUUUGGGCCAAACCACCAAUGCAUUGUCUGCAGUGGUUCCAGAACCAAUCUACGUCUCACGCGAACAAUCCAGCGGUUUAACCACGAAGACCGGACUCAGCGCCUUGCAAUACACAUUAACAAGCCUGAACAUAUUUCAGCAUCUUCCCAGGUCUUCUAUUCAAGGUGUGGACGAUUUGACACGAAUAAAAAUGGCAAUGAUGAGUGGGAUUCCCAGCGAGGUCAACUGGGCUCUGAGAAAAUAUCUGUCCUACAGUAACAAAGCUCCGUAUAUGAUCAAUUUGAAGGAAAACCGGUACCUUCUCCCGCUUUUCACUAGGAUCCUAUCAGAAACAAGACCACUGCUGCAGAAACUAGAUAUGCCCUUGAAUCGGGAAAGAGAUAUCCCUGUAUUUCAGCAGUGCCUCAGUACAGUUUUGAUCCUCAGAAACCUGGCUCAGGACGCUGAAUCCACUCAGGUUCUGGCCCUGGAUGCUGUGAUCAAAGAUUUCAUCCUCGCGGUCUUACGAAUGGCAAAUAGUAUCAAGGAUGCAACCUUGUUGUUGUACUCGCCAAACUCUCAAUUUUUCAACGAGCUUAUUCACUACGUUAUUGACCUCAUGGAAGCAAUCUCUUCGUACAUCGCACCCGCCAGAAAAGACGAUCCUUAUUUCCAAAAUAUGGUAUCGAUCUUUAGAGAUACCAAAGACCGCUACAUGGUAAUUUCCAUUUUGCGCUCAUUAUCCAGGUUGUUGGUCAGAUCAAAAGCAGAUGAGGAAAGUGCUGCCGAUAAUCUACAUGACAAUACCUUGGACCAAAUUGUGUCGUAUCUACUGGUGGACAACGACAGCGAAUUAGUCAUGGCUUCCUUGGAUUUUCUUUACCAAUAUGUUUUGCCAGGUAACGAAAGAAUUACAACACUACUACAAAGCGAACAGAGAUUUGCAGUUUUAUCUGCGGUAUUACCGAAAUUGCUGACGUAUGGCAUAGUGUUGCCAGACUAUGAGCGUUUCAACAAGGCUGAAGUGAAACUAAAAGCUAGAGUAAAACCACCAGCUCCGACAGAACCACCCAAACUGGAUAAAGUCUUGUUCAGCCAGAUUCUCGAGCUCAAUGAACCUAUGAGAUCAACGGCAUGGUUGCGGUGCUGUUUCGAACCCAUUCAGGAAGCAGAAGUAACUCAAAUUAGUCUUUGGAGGGGGUAUGAAUCAGAAUUUUCACAAGCCGUUAGAGACUCAGGACGAAAGCUGCUGCCAGCCGUUGAGUUUAUUAAAAAUGUUUCUAACACAUUCGAGCACGCGUCCGCGAUGGUCAUCACGGAUGAGGCCACUGGUAAAAAAAGAUUUGUUAUCAAAGGCAUCCAACCCAGGAGAUUUUCUGUGUCAAUCCCUGCUGGGGACGCGGCCGCUAGUGCUUCGGGGAACCGGGUUGUCUCUACAGUCGAAGAUGAAGACGGCACAGCUAGUGAGGCCUCGCAAACUACUUUGCCAGCAAUCAAGUUUCCUUCGAAUUUAUCGGAUGUUUCAAAAGCAAGCGCGACCUUUUUGUGCUUGAUAUCUAAUGAUAAUGAAGGAGCUGGUUUUAGCUUCUGUAAAAAAGUCAGGCCGAUUGUGCUGCACGUAUUAGCGGACGUUCCACCUCUGAACUCAGCUUUGGCAGAAUACAUGGACAACAUUACGACCGUCUGA